AUCCCCACCAAUGGUUUCUGCAUUAUUCGAAGAAAAGGCUGCAGCAGUCAAAGACUUACCAAAAAGACCCAACGAUGACGAAUUGUUGAAGUUAUACGGCUUGUUCAAGCAGGCCACUGUUGGCGACAACAACACCUCCAAGCCUGGAUUCUUGGACUUGAAGGGCAAGUACAAAUGGGAGGCCUGGAACGAAUUGAAGGGCACCACCCAGGAUGAUGCCGAGUCUCAGUACAUCGACCUUGCUGACGAAUUGAUUGGCAAGUACUCCAGUUGAUUGUGUAUUGUUCUUAGAAUAAACAUCUGAUAUUU